CCGUUUUCCAUGUCAUUUCCUGUAAUAAAAAGAUGGUGGUCAAAGCCGAGAGAAGCGGUUGACUCGUAGCAAUUAUUUCUAAUAAACACUGCAUUGCCCUGGACUAGUGAAAUCAAAGAGUGGCGGUCCGUCAACGGCGAGGAAUACAGAGGCUUGAGUUGUGGUCGGGGGAUAACGUGUUCAUCGCAGACCGUCCGAAGCACUGCAGAUUCUGUAGAAGAUGAAUUAUGUGGGACUGAAUUUGCACUCAGUGAGCCCACUUCCCUCCACAAUGGCAGCAUCGUCUGCCUAUCAAACCAAGCCAUCCUCAGAAGCCGGGCCCAACAGCAGCACCAGCCUAAUCAAAGACGAGUGUGAGUCCGAGGAACCAAGCAAGAAACUCAAGGUUGAUCACGAGCACGGUGCCAGUGAGAGCCACCAUAAAGUAGACUUCUGGUUCUGUGAGGAGUGCAAAGAGUAUUUCUUGGAGGAAUGCCCAAACCAUGGUCCUCCGGUCUUUGUGCCAGACACACCAGUGGCACUGGGGGUGCCCAACCGGGCUUCCCUCACAGUGCCCUCGGGAAUAGAGCUCGUCCGGGAGGAGGAGGAGGUGGAUGUGUGCUGCAUAGAUGCGGGCAUCCCCAAGGGGGCGCUCUUUGGCCCGUAUCAGGGGGAGUUGGUAUCUAAGGACUAUUCCUCAGGGUUUUUCUCUUGGAUGAUCGUUGAUGAGAACAACACAUACAAAUCCAUUGAUGGCAGUGAUGAAACUAAAGCCAACUGGAUGAGGUAUAUACGUAAUUCGUCGGAUGAGAAUGAGAGGAACAUGACUGCGUUCCAGCAUGGAGAACAUAUAUAUUUCCGUGUGUGUCGGGAGUUGUCGGCGGGAGAGAGGCUCCGUGUGUGGUACAGCGAUGACUACAUGAGGCGGCUACACAGUGUCUCGCAGGACAGUAUUGGCCACAACCUGGACACAGGACUGUUGACUGUUGGGAAAUCCGAGGCCCAGGAGGAGACCAAAGGACCUGUGCUCAGGUCAGCUCUGCAUGGCAGGUGCAGCCUCAGCAAGCACACCAGCGAGGAGGGGGACGGCCAACCACAGGCCAAGAAGAAAAAGAUCGACCUGAUCUUCAAAGAUGUCCUGGAAGCUUCUCUGGAGGCCUCCAAGAGCCAGGGAAACCCCCUGAACAGCACCUUCUCCAUGAGGCGGACCAGAGCUCAGCGCGUCACGCUCACUUCCCAGAGUGGGGAGUCCUAUCUGGCCCAGGAGGAAUGCAAAGUGGCUGGUCUGGGUCUCCACCCAUCAGAGCACCUAGAGGGGGGCUUUAAUGUUCGGUGUCUGAAGAUGGAGGAUUCCGAAGACGACCCUGGUCAGAUUCAUGAGGAGCCUUCUACCUCGUUCUGCCCCAACUGUGUGAAGCUGAAGAGGAGGAUUCGGGAGCUGGAGGCAGAGGUGAUUCGUCUGAGGGGAGGAGAGCAGGUGGAGGUACCACCCCACCCUGAGCUGGCACCAAUAGAUGAGCUCCAAGCAGCUGAGGCCAUGACCCCUAUUCCCGUGGUGCUGGAUGAGGAUGAUCAGGAUGUGGACUCUGCAGAUGAGUCCAUCACUGCUGACCUCAUGGUGGCUGCUGACGACUCCUCCAAGCUGUUGGCUGGGCCUGGCCGACGGAUACGCCGCUUCAAGCAGGAAUGGCUCAAGAAGUUCUGGUUCCUGCGCUACUCGCCAACCCUCAACGAGAUGUGGUGUCAUGUCUGCCGCCAGUAUACCGUCCAGUCCUCACGCACCUCCGCCUUCAUCAUCGGCUCCAAGCAGUUCAAGAUCCACACUAUCAAGCUGCACAGCCAAAGCAACCUGCACAAAAAGUGCCUGCAGCUAUACAAGCUUCGGAUGCACCCGGAGAAGACAGAGGAGAUGUGUCGUAACAUGAUGCUGCUGUUCAAUGCUGCUUACCACCUGGCACUGGAGGGCCGACCCUUCUCAGACCUGCGAGCGCUGGCUGAGUUGCUCAAGAAGUGCGAGCUCAAGGUGGUCGACCAGUACAUGAACGAAGGUGAUUGCCAGAUCCUCAUCCACCAUAUCGCCAGGGCGCUUAAGGAAGACCUGGCGGAGAGGAUACGCCUGUCGCCCUUCCUCAGUGUCAUCAUGGACGGGCAGAACGAUGACUUGCUGUCAGACACCGUUGCCGUCUAUGUGCAGUUCACCACCAGCGAAGGACCCCCUGCCACAGAGUUCCUCUCCCUACAGAGGCUAAGCGUUGGCAGUGUGGAUGGCUACCUCCAGGCCAUUGAUCGGGCCUUUGCUGUGCUUGGUCUGAAGCUUCAGGACAUGCUGGUGGCCGGUCUGGGGGUCGAUGGCUCCAACAUCUCCUCCAGUUUGAGAGCAAAUCUGUACAUUGCAGUACGGAAGAAGCUUCCCUGGAUCCUCUGCUUGCCGGUCAUGAUCCAUCGUCCUCACCUGGAGGUGCUGGAUGCCAUCAGUGGGAAGGAGCUGUCCUGCCUGGAGGACCUUGAAAACAACCUGAAGCAGCUGCUGAGCUUCUAUCGGUACUCCCCUCGCAUGAUGGCCGAGCUCAGGUCUACCGCCCCCACGCUGUCUGAGGAGACAGAGUUCCUGGGAGAUAUACGAGCCGUCAGCUGGAUUAUAGGAGAGCCAAACGUCCUGAAUGCCCUUAUCAAAGAUUACCUGGAGGUGGUGGCGCACCUCAAGGAUAUCAGCGGCCAAACGCAGAGGGCAGAUGCAGCUGCCAUCGCCUUGACCCUGCUUCAAUUCCUCAUGGAUUACCAGUCUGUCAAGCUAAUAUACUUUCUCCUGGAUGUCAUCGCUGUUCUUUCGCGUCUGGCCUUCAUCUUUCAGGGGGACUACCUGCUGGUGUCUCAGGUAGACGCCAAGAUCGAAGAGGCAAUCCAUGAGAUCGGUCAGCUGGUGGACUGCCCUGGGGAGUAUCUGCAGGAGUUUGAGGAGAACUUCCGCGAAAGCUUCAACGGCGUAGACCUGAAUAACUUGCGCGUCGCCGAGUCCAAGUUCCAAUCCAUCCGCGAAAAGAUCUGCCAGAAGAGCCAGGGAAUCUUGUCCCAGCGACUCGACAUGCACAGCCGCACGGUGGUCAAGGCGUGCCGUGUGCUUGACCUCACCACCUGGCCACGCAACAGGGAUGACCUACGAGCCUUCGGGGAGGAAGAGAUCCUGCUCAUUUUUGACCACCUUGAAGCGAUCCCCUCGGCUGUCCGGGAGACGUCGCGGGACAGAACUGACGCUCGGGGCAGCUUGCUGGUGGAGUGGAGGGACCUCAAAGCCGACUACUACAGCAUGAAUGGCUUCAAGGAGGUGGUCAGUCAAAUCUCCAGGCACAAGCAGCGCUUCCCUCUGCUUAACCGCAUACUCCAAGUUGUCAGGGUCUUGCCCACUUCCACCACCUGCUGUGACAAGGGCCGAGGGUCCCUGCAGAAAGUGCGCAAGAACAACCGCUCAAGGCUGACGCUGGACCAGAUGAAUGACCUACUGACCCUAGCAGUCAACGGGCCGCCAAUAGCAAACUUCGAUGGCAAGCGACCAUUGGACAGCUGGUUUGAGGAGAAGUCUGGCAACAGCUAUUCACUCUCAGCCGAAAUGCUGAAUAGAAUGUCGGCUAAUGAACAAAAGUAUGUUCUGCACAGCAUGAAUGUGAACACAGAGUUCUACCCUGAUAUUUGACUGAUGAGAGCCAGGGCUUUACUUCACUUUAUUCCAAAAGCCAUCCCGGGGGGAGGGGUGAUCUGGGCUAUAAUGUGAUUGGCCAUACAAGUGUGCAAUGGCCCUGCUGCUAAAAUGGCCUGAUCAGCAUCACUUUAGAAAAUGGAAACCUAGCUAGUAAAAUCUGUUGAGCACACGUUUAUGUCAAGCUCAGGAGGCAAAGUUGGUCUUAAAAGGCAAGACAGCAAACCUGACUUAGUGAAAACAAUCAGUUUGUAUGAGUGUUGAAUUUUAAGUAUGUGUAACAUAUAGCACUUAUUUAGAGCAUGUGCUGAUCACUGGUAUCAACUCUGUUAGAAAUGGCCAUUAUCAUUUAGUGGGGCUUUUAAAAUCUGCAGUCAACACCAUUAUUUGGAAAAUGCCAUAGGUUAAUAGCUCAAGUAUAUGUUUUUUGUAACAAUGCAAAUUUAUUUCUCUUUCAAACAAGUCUUUGCUUUCUAUACAUUUACGGUUUAUUUUAAAAGUAGUAAAUGUUUGGUUCAAAUGACAUUUGUAUGAGAUAGUGCCAUAACAGCAUAUUGCAAGGUGAUAAAGUGAAAGUUCACAAAUAACCAAGGUGCUAUGCCACACAUCGUCACAAGAGAUUAUAUGGUUUGUUUAAGUGGUUUUUUUUUGUACAGGUGUAUAUACUGCUGUGGUGAUUGAUAUUUCUUUUGUGGCUUUUAUAGGUCUUAAAAGAUUCCAUCGAGGGGAAUGUAUUCUUUGUUUAAUUGCCUAAACAAAUGUAGGUCUAUUAUUCAUUAUGAAGCAGGUAGUUUGGAUGCUGAUUGGAUGAAAGGCGUGGUAUAUCAGACAUAAUGAACUCGGGGGUUCGAGCCCUGAAUGCUGAUUGGCUGACAGCCGUGGUAUAUCAGACCGUAUACCAUGGGUAUGACAAAACAUUUAUUUUUACUGCUCUAAUUACGUUGGUAGCCAGUUUAUAAUAGCAAUAAGGCACCUCGGGGGUUUGUGGUAUCUCGCCAAUAUACCACGGCUAAGGUCUGUGUCCAGGCACUCUUCGUUGCGUCGCGCAUAAGAACAGAACUUAGCCGUGGUAUAUUGGCCAUAUACCACACCCACUCGGGCCUUAUUGCAUAAAUAUACCACGGGUAUGAUGCAAAAUUACUUGUUUACUGUUCUAAUUAUAUUGGUAACAAGUUUAUAAUAGUGUUAAGGCACCUUGGGUAUGUGCUAUAUUGACCAUACACCACACUUAUUGCUUAAUAUUAAAGUAUACUAUUCGUUUUGCAAGGUGAAGCUUAUAUAGCCAUAAAUUAGCCAAAAGUUUUCAAUAUAUUGUUUAUACUUUACAUUUCUUGUAGCAUUUAUUCUUAAGUAUUUGUUUAGUAAUACUUCUGCCAAAUCAUGUAUGCAAGACAGAGUGCAUUCAAAAAGUAUUAAGACCCCUUGACUUUUUCCACAUUUGACAUUCUAGAAUUGAUUCAAUUGUUGUUUUUUCUCAUCAAUCUACACACAAUACCCCAUAAUGACAAAGCAAAAACAGUGAAUUUUUUUUUGUGCAAAUGUAUUAAAUAUAAGAAACUGAAAUAUCACAUUUACAUAAGUAUUUAGACCCUUUACUUAGUACUUUGUUGAAGCACCUUUGCCAGCGAUUACAGCCUUGAUUCCUCUGGGUAUGACGCUAUAAGCUUGGCACACCUGUAUUUGGGGAGUUUUUCCCAUUCUUCUCUGCAGAUCAUUUCAAGCUUUGUCAGGUUGGAUGGGGAGCGUUGCUGCGUAGAUAUUUUCAGGUCUCUCCAGAGAUGUUCGGUCAGGUUCAAGUCCAGGCUCUGGCUGGGUCACUCAAGGACAUUCAGAGACUUGUCCCGAAGCCACUCCUGCAUUGUCUUGGCUGUAUGCUUAGGGUCGUUGUCCUGUUGGAAAGUAAACCUUCACCCCUGUCUGAGGUCCUGAACACUCUGGAGCUGGUUUUUGUCAAGGAUCUUUCUGUACUUCGCUCUGUUAUUCUUUCCCUCGAUCCUCCCAGUCCUAGCCGCUGAAAAACAUCCCCACAGCAUGAUGCUGCCACCAUGCUUCACCUUAGGGAUGGUGCCACGUUUCCUCCAGACGUAACGCUUGGCAAUCAGGCCAAAGAGUUCAAUUUUGGUUUCAUCAGAAUAGAGAAUCUUGUUUCUCAUGGUCUGAGUCCUCUAGGUGCCUUUUGGCGAACUCCAAGCGGGCUGUCAUGUGCCUUUUACUGAGGAGUGGCUUCCGUCUGGCCACUACCAUAAAGGCUUGAUUGGUGGAGUUCUGCAGAGAUGGUUGUCCUUCUGGAAGGUUCUCCCAUCUCCACAGCGGAACUCUGGAGCUCUGUCAGAGUGACCAUUGGGUUCUUGGUCACCACCUUGACCAAGGCCCUUCUACUCCAAUUGCUCAGUUUGGACGGGAAGCCAGCUCUAGGAAGAGUCUUAGUGAUUCCAAACUUCUUCCAUUUAAGAAUUAUGGAGGCCACUGUGUUCUUCAAUGCUGCAGAAAUGUUUUGGUGUACCCUUCCCCAGAUCUGUGCCUCGACACAAUCCUGUCUCGUAGCUCUACAGACAAUUCCUUCGACCUCAUGGCUUGGGUUUUGCUCUGACAUGCACUGUCAACUGUGGGACCUUAUAUAGACAGGUGUGUGUGCGCCUUUCCAAAUCAUGUCCAAUCAAUUGAAUUUACCUCAGGUCAGGGCCAGGGCCAAUCAAGUUGUAGAAACGUCUCAAGGAUGAUCAAUGGAAACAGGAUGCACCUGAGCUCAAUUCCGAGUCUCAUAGCAAAGGGUCUGAAUACUUAUGUAAAUAAGGUAUUUCUGUUUUAUUUUUAAUACAUUUUCAAAAAACGCAAGAUGUGGAAAAGGGUACGGGUCUGACUACGUUCUGAAUGCAAUGUAUGUUACUAGAAUUUAUUCACAACGAGUGCAAUAUGUAUUAUGACUUAUGGCCAAAUUCAACAACCAUUUAGAGGGGGAAAAGUUAUCCCCAUCUUAUUAUACAAUUUACUUAUUGACAUUGCCAAAUUAAGUAGUGGACAGAAAGUUUUGCUAAAAUGCAUUUUGCAUAUUAUUUGUGGCUGCUACAGUUGUUGUCAUACAUGCCAAAGUUUAGAUUUCAGAAGGGUUUGUAAACUGGAAUGUGUUGACAUAAUGACAACUUUCUUUGCUUUUUGAAAACACUUUUGAGAUAGUAUACUUCAUCAGUAAUCUGAAACUCAGAUCAUUUAGGUGGAGUGAAAUGUGUUGAAAAUCCUAGAAACCACUAAAUUUGCACCUGUGUUGUAUGAACUGUAUGAGUAACUGUUAACUAAGGUUGAUGGGAUCAUUUCUCUCAUGUUGGUUCAUGACCUAAGACUUUUUGACUUUACUGUUUGAAAUGUAAUUGAAAUUGUACAUGUAUUAUACUUUUAUAUUCACUAUAUAAAAUUAAUAAGUGGCCAUGCAUUAAUAGGCAAAGAAUCUUUUUGCUUGUAUGUUGAAAGUGAGUUAUUUGAACUUAAUUUUGGAUAUUAUAUUGAACCUUUUGGUUGGUUUCAAAAUAUUGUUUUAAAUUGUCAACAAUUAAAUUACUGAAAGGCAUAUUUAAAAAAUAAAUCUAUUUAACCUUUAUCCAGGCGAAAUAAUUAAGAAAAAAAUAUUAUUUACAAUGACGGCCUGGCAUACCAGUCUGAGCCAGACUGCUUUAAGCCUGUGAUUUCACCUUUAAAUGAAUUACUGUAGUAAUUUUAAGAGGUACGCACACUUGCUUGUUUGCAUGGUUGUUGUACUGUAUAUGCACCACGAUUGUAAUCUUCAAAUUAUUACAUGCCAAUUUAAAUAACAUGCAUUCUUCAUAUGUGUUUUGGGUGGAUGUAUAGACUAUUACCUCAAUGAGGUAUGCUAUGAAGUGUCACAAAAACAAUUUUGCUUUCAUUACUGUGUUUACUUCAUGUAUGGACUCUUAACGAUAGGCAGCUGUGUAAUUCAUGGGAGGGGGUUGAGAGAAAUUUUGUCAACAAUCACUUCUUCACAACUGGAAUCACAGUGCCAAAAAUAUUUCCCACCCCAAUGCAAAUAUUCAGAGGAAUGCUUUUUUUGUGUUAUCUUGGCCAAUCAUCUUUUUACUUAGAUUAGGUCGGGGUAUGUGGAGUUUUUUUGCUUAUUCUAUAAAUGAUUGUUUUGCACCUUAUAUGUUUAUAUUUCUGUGUAUUUUAUGUUAAUGAUUGUGAGUAUGUCCACAGCAAAUGUGCAUGUUAAUUCAUGAGCCAAGACCAAGAAAAAUAAGGAGUUCUUGAUCCUAGUGCAUCUAGAUUUAUACUGUCAUCUAUUUCAGAUUUUCCAAACUGAGCUUGUACCAAAAUUCAAAUUCUAGAUCUACAUUUAGCCUACCAUUUGAUAUAUUGUAAUAUACACAAUGUAGUUUUAACAAAUGUAUGUAUGCACAAUAUUGUAUGCAGCCAAAUGAAAGUCAAUCAGUUAUACUGUGGUAUUAGUGUAUUUCUUAUAUAUUUUUGAGGGGGGAAAUUGCAACGAUUCAUUUGAAUGGUUGAAAUGCCUGCACUCUUAACACUCUGUUUUUGAAAAGGGAUAAAUUAACAAUAUAAACAUUUACCUUAAUCGGUAACACUUCACAUUUAAGGGGGUUGUAAAGGGUUUAUACGUAUAACGAACAAAAAUCUAAACGCAACAUGUAAAGUGUUGGUUUCAUGAGCUGAAAUAAAAGAUCCCAGAAAUGUUCCAUAUGCACAAAAGCUGAUUUCUCUCAAAUGUUGUGCACACAUUUGUUUACAUCCCUGUUAGUGAGCAUUUCUUUUUUGCCAAGAUAAUCCAUCCACCUGACAGGUGUGGCAUAUCAAGAAGCUGAUGAAAUGGCAUGAUCAUUACACAGGUGUACCUUAUGCUGGACACCUUAAAAGGCCACUCUGAAAUGUGCAGUUUUGUCACACAACACAAUGCCACAGAUGUCUCAAGUUUUGAGGGAGCGUGCAAUUGGCAUGCCGACUGCAGGAUUGUCCACCAGAGCUGCUGCCAGAGAAUUUAAUGUUAAUUUCUCUACCAUAAGCUGCCUCCAACAUUGGACGUACUGCCAAAUUCUUUAAAACAAUCAGCCUCACAACCGCAGACCACGUGUAACCACGCCAGCCCAGGAACUCCACAGCCGGCUUCUUCAGCUGCGGGAUGGUCUGAGACCAGUCUCCUGGACAGCUGAUGAAACUGAGGAGUAUUUCUGUCUGUAAUAAAGCCCUUUUGUGGGUAAAAGCUCAUUCUGAUUGGCUGGGACUGGCUCCCCAGUGGGUGGGCCUAUGCCUUCCCAGGCCCACCCAUGGCUGCACCCCUUCCCAGUCAUGUGAAAUCCAUAGAUUAGGGCCUAAUGAAUUUAUUUAAAUUGACUGAUUUCCCUUUCUGAACUGUAACUCAGUAAAAUCAUUAAUUGUCGCAUGUUGCGUUUGAUAUUUUUGUUCAGUAUAGUUUAAAAACAAUUCAUUAUUAAUUAACAUGUAGUUCAUAAAUCAUUGAUAAACAUUUAAAUCAGAAACAUAGUGUAUAAGACAAUCAGAUUGGAAUAGUCAUUUUGUUAAAUAGUGUGAUUAUGCCGCCAGAGGCAUCAUGCCCAUAGUGAGCACAGGGGCAUGUGCCCCCUCAGAUUUGUCCUGUUGAAAAAUAAAUACAAAAAUAUACAUUUCUUUUGUUGUUUCUCUGUAAAACUGCUAGCCACCUAGCAAUAUUAUGAAAUUGGCUUUAGUUAGCCCAGAUAGAUUCCCAACAUCAUAACUAGCUACCAAGAAGACAUUUCAGGAUAUCAGUGAAGUUCGAGUAGCUAGCUUGUCUAACUAUCUUAGCUUGCAUGCCUGUUGUCAAGGUCGGUAGACUUUAGAAAAGCAAAUAUUUCCUAAAUGUACUGAAUAAGACUUGCAUUCCUUUCAAUCUUUGCAGAGAAGCAUAUUUCUUAUUUUUUUUAAAGACAUGUCAGAAGCAUAUAUGCUUAGAUAUGCAGAAGAAUACGGCUCUAGAUUGCAGGAAAAGGGGUGUUUCAGGUGUUUAAAAAGUCAAAGUUCUUCAAUUUACAGAUGGGGGGCCUAGCCCCCCUAUGGACCACUCCCCCAGCCAUCCUCACAUACUUUGUGCCCUCUUAGAUGUUUGAGGUGCAUGAUGCCGCUAUACCAUUAUUAAUAACCAUAGUAGUUGAUUACAGUGCACAACUCCCAUUAAAGGGUACUUAAUGUAAAAUGUUACUAAUUAAUCUAACUGUUCAGUGGUACCUGUUUGGAUGCAUUUAACACUGGAAACAUAUAAACCUGUCUGUGAACAUGAGUAUAACGUGUACAUAUAUCCAUAUAUAUUCAUAUGACAUGUAUACAUGAAAAUGUAUAGACCCCCUGUAAUUGAUAUUGUAAGAAUAUCUAUAUGGCGCAAAUAAUUGUUUAAUAAAAUAUUUUCCAUGGUAUUUUAA